AUGGCCGAAAGAUACAAUAGGAGUCCAAUCAAAGCGUCGUCGUACGCUGUUUGGACAGAUCGAAAUGGUUUCAAUAGAAACGGCAACUAUAAACAAGUUCGUGACUUAAAUACGGACAGUCAAAAAGAGAAUCAAAAUGUUCUUGGAAGUACAGUUGCAAACAGUGAAAUAUACCAAAACGCAGAGAGCAGAAGUGAUGGUGUUAUAGCGGGACUACCGGGUGGAGUAGACGGAUCAAUAGAAGAUGAGGAAGUCAGGAAAAAUGUAUGGAGUGACGUGGAUGACGAACUUUACAUAGCAAAUUUAAUUAAAGAGAGAACUUCAAAUGAAGUGAAACGUGAAAAACGUGAUACUAGUGAUUAUUUAAGUGAUAGUGAUAUCAGUGAAAAGGUUGUGAGUAGUGUUAAGUUAGAAUACGCGAUGUGGGAGAUAGAACCCACUGAUUUGACGGAGUGUGACUGUCUUGGCCCUCCUCCAGAGUUUUUGUUACCACCGCCACCACGACCGCCAUUUCUCCAAGCGGAGUAUUACUGCGGUGACGACCCAAUACCCGAUUUGGAAACCUGCGACACGGAACCAAAGAUCGACGCAUACAAUCACAGCGGUCCAUCCUUGCAGACGUCUGCAGUGAUCGCCCUCUGCUCCAUCGUGCUGGUGGUCGGAAUCCUCAUCGGUGCUAUACUUGUUUGGAAACACAAACGAAAAGUCACCAACCUUCUACCAUCGAAAUCCUCAGCUCCCACUCAAGGGAGCGGUUCUACAAGGCGUGCUCCUCCGCCAGCUCCAUUAUACGAAGACCUGCAAGAUCUGCCUCGGAGACCACCAUUGCCUCAUAGACCUGAGUUGGAACCACAAUUGGAGAUGGUGGAAACUAAAAGGCCGAAUUGCCCUAAUCGUGUCUUCGUAUGCGGCUCAGGCGGCACUUGGCGAGGCGGCAACUCCUGUGGGGGAGAUACCUGCGGUGCUCCUCUUUACGAAGAAUUGCCUCACAGAUCAGACGACUCCCUUCACAGCGACGAUCAUUUCGCUGAAGACGAAUUAAGCCUUGUUGGAGAAGCGGCCCCUUGUCGAACCUGUUCUCGUCCUCCAGCUCCUCAGUCUCUCCCUCACCGGCCACGGCACCAGCGAAUGGAUAGAAGACCUAAGUCAUUGGAAAGACGACGAGCUCAACAUCAACACAGAAUGCAGCGGCAUAUCCAUCCGCCGGGGCCGCCAGACCCGACGGAAUUCCAUGAAGGCGUUCUUUUGGAUGCUCUUUUAAGAUUGUAUCCUCAAGUCGGCACUGUUGGCGCUAGACCUCAAGGUCCUCUACCAAUGAGUGCUGGCGGAGCUUGGCCCGGAGGGGAAUUACCAGGAAUUGCCUGUUGGAGAGGACCAAGAGCUUCACCAAAGCCUCCGAGUGGAGAUUCAUCAUUUGGAUCAGAUUCUGGGUAUAGCAAUAAUACCUGCGGGACCUGUGGUACGAGGGCAUCUUCCAGACAUCGAUUGUCUGCUGAAAUACCAAUGUCAUGA